CCCGGAAAGCCCCAGUCCUGGUUGCCCAUUCUCCUCCUCCACUCACCCCUUUCCUUUGUCUCAACAGCAUCUCCACUGCUGGGAACGGACGUGCUUAUGAGCACUGGUGCCUCUCUGACUCCAUUCUCGGCACUUCCCUUUCCACCACCCGCUCCCGGCCCCGAACACUUGCCACCCUGGGAGCAGCACCUGCCACCCUCAUUGACCCCAUCGUUCCCUCCUGGCACCACCCUGCUGCUGCCAGCUUUCCCCACGACACCUUUGGUGGCUGCUGGUGGCCAGGUCCCCAUGGCCACUGGGCCUUGCAACAUCACUGUCCAACUAAGGUCAGAAGCGAGGCCAGCAGAGCCCCUCCAGAUGCAGAGCUUCGUUCUUACACCAGGAACUGUCACCUGGGGUGCUCCAGGGGCCCUCAGCGGGAGUGCUACUUGCCCUGCUCCCCUAUCCUUAGCACCCUCGCUGGCGACCCCAGCUGUUGGGGUAACGCAGGCUGGCAUGGGAGGCUGGGCCCCCAGCCUUCCCCCUCAAGCUCCACCACCAGCUGCCCAGCGGGCCCCCAGCAUUCCCCCCAUCAACGCUGGGCCACGGCCACCUGGCGCUUCCAGGGAGGGGAGUCUGGCCACCUGCCAGUCUCAGCCCCCGCAGGAUGACUCCUGUAACCGCGAGAGUGUCUACAAGAACUACCGACGUUGGCAGCGCUUCAAGAGCCUGGCCCGGACGCACCUUCCCCAGAGCCCUGAUGCAGAAGCUCUUUCCUGCUUCCUCAUCCCAGUGCUCCGAUCCCUGGCCCGACUCAAGCCCACCAUGACGCUGAAGGAGGGACUGCGGCGGGCCGAGCAGGAAUGGGAGCGCACAAGCGACUCUGACCGAAUGACGUAUUACGCGAUGGCGGCAAACUGCUCCCACUUACCUCUCCCUCCUCACUCCCCGUCACUGUGGGUGACGAUGCCGGUGGUCCUGAUCCCACCCACAUCGACGUCAAUGUCCCCCAAACACUGCGCUACCCAACACGCGCCCCCCGUGCUCAGGAGCUGGAAGCGGGAGCCCCUCACCCUUCUUCCCUCCUCCUGCUCUGCCUUAGCCUGUGUGCCCAGGAAGGCCGGCCCCAGGGCCAAACCCGCCCGCCCUCAGCCAUACACAUCCCAGCGGCCCCGGGAGACCCAGGCACCCAAGGGGAUUCCCCUUGAGGCUGUCAAAGAAUACGAGGACAUCUUGGAGGAGCUGCUGGCGCCUGUCCACUUGGCCACUGGGGAGACAUAUGCAGAAUGUCCAGAAGACGGGACCUACCCGGACCCGGGUCUCCUCAGCUACAUGGACCAGCUGUGUUCCCAGGAAGACUUCGUCACGAAGGUGGAGGCCAUCAUUCACCCUAAGUUCCUGGCAGCUUUGCUUUCCCCAGAACCACAGCUGGAUCCCUUGGCACUGGCUGAGGAGUUAGAAGAGGAGGAAGGACUCUCUCUUGAAGAGCUGGUGCAGAAACGACUCCUGGCCCUGAAGGAGGAGUUGGGUGAGUCUGAUGUUACACAAGAUGCCCAGAGGCAUGAUGAAGGCCCCCAGCUAGGGGUCAGCGAGGAAGACAGCCCACCAGAGAUUGAGUCUGAGGAACUUUCAAGGUGCAACGGAACAGAGAGUGGCCUGAACACAUCAAAACACAGGAUUCUCUCUCCAGGACAUGAGGGUUUCCCUCUAUCUCAGGCUGGACAGCCCCUCUCUCCUCCCCAGGGUCAAAGGCACACUCCACCGAGCUUGGGACCCAUGGAGACCUCAAAUCUCAGAGAGGCCUCUCCUCUUAGGGAGGACGCAGGGCCAGGGCCAGAGGAUGGGUCCAGUGAAGACAAGAAGGAGGUCCCCAGCCUGGACUUCAUCUUGGCCACUCAGUACUGCCUGAUGCCCUGGGGAGGGAAGUCCCACAGCUCUGCCCCAGGGCCCUUGAGAUUUCUCUGCCCUGGAGUUCGGGGGGCCCCCCUAGCCCCCUCCCCUCAUAGAAUCAGCCUUAGCCCAGCUCCUGCACCAGCUGCCAAGUCCAGGAAGCGGGAUCUGUGUGCAGGCCAGGGGUCUGAUGACAAGCUGCCCCAGCCCAAGCCUGACCUCGGCACCUCUGGGAGGCCAGCCUUGUCUCCGGGGCUGGUGCGCCCCUCACAACCAAAAAAGAGGAGGUGUGACCCAUUUGUCGCAGGGAGUGUGAGGAGGAGGAGGAGGAAGAGGCACUGCAACAAAUAAUAAGCCUCCAGUGCCAGCCCCCCGGGCGGCCCUCAGGGGAGUUUAGGGGCUCUUCCUCAUCCAGUGCUGAUCCUGGCUGAUGUGCGGGGCAGGGAGGGAGG